AUGUCCGAUAUCGAGGACUAUGCAUACUCACCGUAUGAUGACAUUGAAGAUAUUCUGUACAAUGCCGACCCUGCCCCAGAAUUAGCCGACGACCUUGCCGACCAUGCCAUCCACAGCCCUGUGUAUCAAGAUGAAAUUGCCGGUUUCGAGCUUCAAGACUACUUCAGCGACUGGGAAUAUUAUUCUGACGAUUAUAUGGACGAUGAUCCGGUGUUGAUGAGACAAACACCCCAGGUUGGAAGCCCUCCCAGACCAUUUGCAAAAGAAAAUGACAAUCAGAAAGUCACCAAAAGAGGGAAGAAAAGGAAGUUGGCCGACACAUUGGACAUUCCCCCGGUGGACCCGAGGGACAGAGAAUUGUUGACACGCUGUAUCAAGGGUACGGUGUGGGCCAGACCUUCUGAGCGGAGUCCUCCACUCUACAGAAAUGGACAGGAGAGUAAAGUGGCCCUCAUGAAGAAUUGGAAGGAGGUGUUUGCGAUCACCGACGACGGAUGGCAUCCAGGGCUGGGCCAGUCUAAGGAGGAUGAGUCGUGGGCGCAUAACAUGAGCCUGGCAGAUAUGGGUCUACAAAAUGUGCACGGACAAACCUUUCACCGAGAUGCAGACCGGCAAGAGACGGAGUUUGAAGACGACGACGAAUUUAAUGAAUUUGAUGGGGAAGAGGAUGACGUUGAGGAGGGCGACGUGGUCAUCGGCUUUCCUGGGAUACUACCCGCGUCUGUGGCUCGUGCAUCCCACCUCUCUGCAGCCUCAGUGGAGGAUGCGGGAGGGGGACAGGGGAUAUCCAAGAUGACCUCUGUUAAUCUCACUUCGAAGCAUGUUCACCCAUCGAACGGACGUGACGCUUUGAGUGAAGAUGAUCUUCCUCGGAAACAGCGUCGACUCAAACUGGACAUUUCUUCGCCGCCCCAUUCUACCGAGUCAGCUGCUGGCCCGGCAGGAGAGACCGACUCAUGGCCAACUAGGGGAACAACGUCGCCGUACAAGGGGGAAACGAGGAGACCGGAGAACAUGCCCAAGGCCCAAGCCACCGAUGCAGAACAAGUCAAAGCGCCGAUUACGAACGGGUCAACAACCACAGGGAAUAGGAAAAGAAAGGCGACUGAGGAACCAUACGUUGAGGAAGGAGGUCCUUCCAAAUCCACUAGAAGCAGCCGUGCAUAG